ACCUUAUUAUUAAUUUAUUUUAUUUAAGUAAAAUGAGGAUGAUUUGUCAAUUGCUAAUUGAGUUAGUAAAAAUUGCAAUAACAAACUAUUGACAUCAUUCAGAUGCAAUGUGCUGGUUGUGUUAUUGAACCCACUUGGACAUGAACCAUGUGGCAUUCAAAUAUUGAUCAAACAAACUCCCCGAAACGAACUGAACCAUUCCAAAUAGCUGGCAUUAAACUGUUAAAAAAUAACCAAAAAAAAGGAUGACUUACCUUUGUUUGGGUCCCAUCAGCGCGGGAAAAACGUUGCUGCUAACCUGCCUGCAGAAUCCGGCCUCGGUCAAUUUCACUUCCCAUUCGGUGCCGAGCGUGGGAACCAAUCUCUUCACCAUCAAAAUUCCUCCCAUCGUUAUCGACGAGAAGGACAUUGCCGUCAAGCCACCGCCACCGCCCCGGAAACGAGAUCUGGUACAGGUACGGGAGGUAGGCGGUUGUUUGGCCCCCAUCUGGCGGGACUAUCUCAACAAUCCGGUGGAAAAGCUCAUCUACGUUGUGGAUACCUCGAACUUGUGUCAAAUUUCCGCUGCCGGUGUCUUGCUGUAUUCGAUGUUAGCGGAACCGCGACUACAGACGACAAAAUUCCUGCUGGUCUUGUCCAAGAUGGAUCUCGCCUACCGACAGAUGCGUAACGAAGCUCUGCUGAUGCUGCAGAUGGAAAAAUUCAAAAAACAAAUUCCACAGGAUAUCACUAUCGUGCAGUUCAGUGCUAUCAAUCAAGAGGGCAUCGAUGAAAUCUACAAUUGGUUGGGUGCAUAACGAUUAAUCUGAGUUAGGUUUGGGUUAUCGCUACUGCUAGUAUACAUUUGUUAUAAGCUCUACAAUGAACCAAUAAUGUUUAUACUAAUUUAACUGUUAAAACGUCAAGGAACAGUUUCGGAAUAAAUAAAAAAAAAUUAAC